AUGUGCAAGGCUAAAGUUGUCACUGACUGGCAAGAGAAGAGACGGAAGCGCUUAUUGGCCAGCAGCGGAGGGAGGUGGCUGGCCCGGAGUUGCCUCCAUGUACCGUGGGGUACCUCGCGGAGCCCCCGCCAUUGGCUGGUACUGCUGUGGGCGUGGCCAGACCGGCCUAUAAAAGGCUGGAGGCGGCGGCCGCCGCAUUCACAGCCUGGUGCAGAGCGGAGCGUGGUGACUAGCGGGACUGGCCCGGCGCGACCCGACCCGACCAGGUCUGACCCAGCGCAGCAAGCAGGCCCAGAAGGGGGAGCGCCGGGUGGGGGUCCCCCUGGCCCUCCACCCAACACGAGUAGUAACCGCCGGCUGCAGCAGACACAGGCCCAGGUGGAGGAGGUGGUAGACAUCAUGCGUGUGAAUGUGGACAAAGUACUGGAGCGAGACCAGAAACUGUCAGAGCUGGAUGACCGGGCAGAUGCUCUCCAGGCUGGUGCCUCACAGUUUGAAAGCAGUGCUGGAAAGCUCAAGAGGAAGUACUUUUGGAAGAACAUGAAGAUGAUGAUCAUAUUGGGAGUCAUUUGUGCCAUUGUGGUGGUGGCUAUUGCACUCUACUUUUUUACUUGAAUGUGGUCCCCCAUAAUCUGCAGCCUACCUUCCCUGAUCACCCUAUCUCUCCCCUGCCCAAGCUCCCUCCCUUCACCUGGCUUUUCCAUCAUUAACUUUUUUGUUUGUUUGUCUUCUGUAUGAGGUUCUGAUGCAUCUUUUCUGGACCUGGGCUAAUCCCUUCAACAGCUGCUGCAGCCCCAGGGAGGGGCAGCUCCACUUGAGGAGAAGGGAAAGGGAGGGAGAAUGCUGCCCCCUCCAGCUUCUGUUGCAAUUGUAACUGGAGUCAUAGCACGCCUUCAGUGUGAACUUUCUUCACAGCAGUGCCUUGAGGGUUGGGCUCUGGUAGUGUGAGCUUCCUUAAGCAGUUCCCUGGCAGUAGGGAGCUCCAGGGAUUGAAAGGACUCCCAUGCUGGCUGUUCAGCAUUGUUUCAUCUGAAAGGAGCCCAUGGCAACAAUUGUUUCCCUUUUUAACUUCUGAAAUCUUGUUAACAUUGGUUACUUAGUCUUCCACUCCAAAGCAGUAGGCUAUAGGCACUCUUCUGCAACAUGGGGAAUGACAUGCAGGGGCACUAGCAGCAGGAGUAUUUGGAUAGAUGUUCUAUACACCUACAAGACUCAAGUGAGCACAUGAACCAUUAGCUAUCUACUGGCAUGCAACUUAUGCUGGGGGUAUAGUGGGGCAAGGUGGGGGGCAGAGCAGGACUGGAUCAGGAGUAGGAAUCCAAGGGCUUCCUAGGAGUGCAUGCUUACCAUGUUCUGUAGCAUAGUCAGGUCAGGCCUGUCCCAGGCUGGAUUCUGUGUUUCUUGGCCAGUCCCUGGUUACUGCUAUUUUUUU